AUGCCCACCCUCACUCUCAGAGAUGGCACCGAGAUCUGGUACAAGGUCUGGGGCAACCCCGAGGGCCAGCCCGUGACCUUCUCACACGGGUGGCCGCUCAAUGCCGACAACUGGGACAGCCAGGCAUACUUCCUCGCCAGCCAGGGCUACCGCGUCAUCGCCCACGACCGCCGCGGCCACGGGCGCUCCAGCCAGCCGUGGGAGGGCAACGACCUGACGACGUACGCCGACGACCUGAACCAGCUUAUCGAGCACCUGGACCUCCGCAACAUCACCAUGGUCGGCCACUCGACCGGCGGCGGCGAGGUCGCGCGCUACGUGGGCAAGUACGGCACCGGCAGGGUCAGCAAGGCGGUGCUCAUCAGCGCCAUCACGCCGCUGAUGCUGCAGACCGAGAGCAACCCGGAGGGCCUGCCCAUUGGCGUCUUCGACAGCUUCCGCGAGGCCAUGGUCAAGGACCGCGCGCAGUUCUUCCUCGACGUGCCCAACGGCCCCUUCUUCGGCUUCAACCGCCCCGGCGUCGUCAAGAGCGAGGGUCUUGUGCAGAGCUGGUGGCUGCAGGGCAUGAUGGCCGGCUUCAAGAACGUGUAUGACUGCGUCAAGGCCUUCUCCGAGACGGACCUGAAUGAGGACUUGAAGAAGAUGGACAUUCCCGUCCUGCUGCUCCACGGCGACGACGACCAGGUUGUCCCGAUCCAGUCGUCGGCCCUCAAGGCGAUAAAGGUGCUGCCGCAGGGUACGCUGAAGGUCUACCCUGGAGGCCCUCAUGCGCUGCCCAACAUUUGCUGUGAUGAGGUCAACAAGGAUCUCCUCGAGUUUUUGAAGGCUUGA